AUGGACCAACUUCUGUCCUAUCUCCCUCCGUUCGAUGGCCUGCUCCCCAAGUGGCUUGUCCUGGUGUCUGUCGUCUCAGCCGCGAACAGCGUCCAAGCCUACUUCUCCGAGGCCUAUACUGCGCAACUCUACAAUGGCCGCCUAGCCGAUGAUCGCCCGCACACAAACGCGCACUCCUCUCGACUGUUCGGUACCUGGACCUUCCUCUCCGCCAUCGUCCGGUUCACCGCCGCCUACAACAUUACUACGCCCGCGGUGUAUGACCUUGCGGCAUGCACAUUUGGCCUGGCUUUGUUACACUUUGUUGGCGAGUGGCUGGGAUUCGGCAGCGCACAGCUUAAGGGCCGGUUUGUUAGCCCGCUGAUUGUCGCGUCGGCCAGUCUGACUUGGAUGUUGACGCAGAGGGAUGCGUAUCUUGGAUUGUAA